GCUCGAGGUUGCAGCACGCAAUAUACCUGGAGCUUCGCGAGCUACCGUUACCCCACGAAGUCCGGAGCUGAGCUUCGGAACCAGACUUCUGAAGCUCUCUCAUAUUAAUCCAUUGAUGAAAGUGAGCUCACACCCAAGCUCUUCAGUAUAAUGGGAAAAACUACGGCAAACGAGACGACGCCUCUGAUCACUACGGUGACGGUCGGUCCUCCGCGUCGGCGCUACCCUCACCAGACACUGAGGCGGCUCUGCACUAUUGCUCUGAGCUCCUCCCUCGUAGCUCUGCUUCUCACCUUCCUGGUCACGGUUGUAUUUGCACCGGCGCGCAGACAUCACCAUGCGGAAAGUCGUUUGACAUAUGAGGAACUUCAAAGUCUACUUCUUGACACGCCAAGUGCUGAGAAGGCGUCGGAGUGGAGCAAGUAUUACACUUCGGGGCCGCAUCUGGCUGGAAAGAACCUUUCGCAGGCUGAAUGGACCAGAGACCACUGGGACGAAUGGGGGAUCGAGUCGGAAAUUGUUGCAUACGACACUUACAUCAACUACCCUAGAGACCACAGGCUGGCUUUGCUGGAAAAGCCCAAUGCAGCCUCUAACCCGGAGGCCUGGAAAGUGGCCUUUGAAGCAACGCUGAAGGAGGACGUGCUUCCCGAAGACCCUACGACCUCGCUUACCGACAGCAUCCCCGUCUUCCAUGGUUAUUCCGCGUCGGGCAAUGUUACGGCGCCUUUUGUCUACGUCAAUUACGGCACUUACGCCGAUUUCGAGGAUCUGGUCAAGGCCAAUGUCAGUCUUGAGGGCAAGAUCGCUAUUGCGCGAUAUGGCGGCAUUUUCCGAGGAUUGAAGGUGAAGCGAGCUCAAGAGCUCGGUAUGGUGGGCACCGUCCUUUUCAGUGAUCCCGGUGACGAUGGCGAGGUCACGGAGGAAAACGGGUACGAAUUGUAUCCCGACGGACCGGCGCGGAACCCCAGCAGUGUGCAGCGAGGAAGCGUUCAGUUCUUGAGUGUCGCGCCUGGUGACCCGACUACACCGGGGUAUCCUUCGAAGCCAGGGGUUCCUCGAAUGCCGGUCGACGGUGCCAUUCCCAGCAUCCCGUCGUUACCCAUCUCAUACGUCGAGGCUAUCCCGAUUCUAAAGGCUUUGCACGGCUAUGGCCCCAAGGCCGAGGAUUUCAAUGAGUACUGGACCCGCAACACCGGUCUGGGGUACAAGGGUGUUAAGUACAAUAUCGGACCGUCGCCUGACAAUGUAGUCCUGAAUCUGUACAACGACCAGGAAUACACCAUCACACCGCAGUGGGAUGUCAUUGGCAUCAUUAACGGCACUAUCUCGGACGAAGUCGUUAUUGUGGGCAACCACCGUGACGCCUGGAUCGCCGGAGGCGCAGGGGACCCCAACAGUGGCUCGGCCGUGAUCAACGAAGCAAUCCGCAGUUUCGGCAAGGCUCUCGAGUCAGGAUGGAAGCCUCUGCGAACUAUUGUCUUUGCGAGCUGGGACGGCGAGGAGUAUGGACUGAUUGGAAGCACCGAGUGGGUCGAGGAGUAUCUCCCUUGGCUUACAGUUGCCAACGUCGUCUACAUCAACGUGGACGUAGGUGUCCGCUCCCCCGUUUUCGAUGCCUCUGCCGCACCCAUGCUGAAUAAACUGCUCUAUGAUGUCACGGCCAUGGUCCCGUCUCCUAACCAGACGGUCAAAGGCCAGACUGUCGGCGACUUGUGGAAUGGUCAUAUCAGGACAAUGGGUAGUGGUAGCGAUUUCACUGCUUUCCAAGACUACGCGGGGAUUCCUAGUCUUGACUUCGGAUUCGGAGGCCAGUCAAAGGAUUCGCCCGUUUACCACUAUCAUUCCAACUACGAUUCUUACCACUGGAUGGCCGAAUUCGGCGAUCCUGACUUUGCCUAUCACAGAACCAUGGCACAGAUACUUGCACUCACUGUCGCCAAGGUUUCGGAUACGCCACUGCUUGCAUUGAACGCUACAGAUUAUGCGGUGGCAUUGAAGGGCUACGUGGCCAAGAUCGAGGGAAAGUUAUCAUCAGUGGACUCCUCCGAUUACAAACCCUCAAGCGACGACGAGAUCAUCGAGUUCCGAGCCCGACCCGCCGAUCCCGUUCUCCAAGGCGACCCGGAAGCCUUCUCCCUCUCUCUCGCGCGUCUGCAGAAGUCCAUCGCGGAACUAAAGGACGCGGCAGUCAACCUCGACGCCAAGUCCGACGAGCUUGCAGAAAAGGCCAAUGAACACAUCCCGUGGUGGAAAUGGAUCACUAAGGCCAAGCUGCUGCAUGAGAUCCGGGCUACUAAUACCAAAUAUAAGAACAUCGAACGUGCGUUCCUGUACCAGGGAGGCCUAGAUGGUCGGCCGUGGUUUAAGCAUGUUGUGUUUGCGCCCGGGAUUUGGACAGGUUAUGCUGGAGCCGUCUUCCCUGGACUUGUCGAGAGUAUCGACAACAAGGAUUACGUCAAUGCCCUGAGGUGGGUGGAUAUCAUCGAUGACUGCAUCAAGACUGCCACCGAGACUAUGAAAUAAAGUACGUAGUCGAUUUCGGGCUUAUUGAUGAGCAUGAUGAGACGAGAACAUGUGUAUACCACGCACCUGCUGGAUCAACUACUUUGGACAUACGAGAUUGAUCAUCCAUUAAGAAGCCAUUUGAGUAGGUAGCAAAUUUUUGAGUUGAUAUCUGAACUGCUUGAUCCUUCUCCUGUUCCAUGACCUGCCCAGCUAAGGGAGUGUGUGGGUCUUAAGAAUGUGUUACAAGAAUGGGAGAGAGCCCUUCUUUAGUUAGAUAUAAUAUAGCCUAGUAGAUCACGUUUGUGAUAUCUAAAGCCCAAGCACAACAG